AUGACUAAACAGUGGACUUUUAUGCUUAUUAUUGUUCACUCUUUAAGUAAUAAAAUGGCAGAACUUAAAAUGACUGGAUUAAUUACGAAAUCGGAAAUUAUUCUUCGUUCGUGUUUCUCUUUAAUUCCCCAAAUCCUCAUUUCAACUGUAAUACAAAAUGUUGCCAACUUUUCAUUGGUCAGAUUAUUUGGUUUUCGGUAUUUCACUUAUUUGUUACUCCCUGAUUGGAAUUUAUCAUCGAUAUCAUGA